GCACUUAAAGGGGCCGCUGCUCUGCCGAAGUUGGUUUGAAAGUAAGAUCUUGGCUGUUUGUAGACUGCGCUUUGUCAUGGGACCUGUGCGUCUGGGGACGUUGUUUUUCCUUGUGGUCGUGUUCGGGGCUUUAGCUGGGACGCCGAAGGAGGAGGACGAUGACUCAGAACGCUUACCCAGCAAAUGCGAAGUCUGUAAAUUGCUGAGCCUGGAGCUACAGGAGGAACUGAGCCGUACUGGCCGGUCACGAGAGGUGCUGGAGCUCGGGCAGGUGUUGGACACGGGCAAGAGGAAGAGACACAUCCCUUACAGCAUCUCGGAGACAAGACUGGAAGAGGCCUUGGAGAAUUUGUGUGAGCGGAUCCUGGAAUACACCGUGCAUGCUGAACGCAAGGGUUCACUGAGAUACGCCAAGGGGCAGAGUCAGACCAUGGCAACGCUGAAAGGCCUGGUUCAGAAGGGGGUGAAGGUAGAUCUGGGAAUCCCUCUGGAACUGUGGGACGAGCCCAGCGUGGAGGUCACCUUCCUCAAGAAGCAGUGUGAAACGAUGCUGGAGGAGUUUGAAGACGUCGUGGGAAACUGGUACUUCCACCACCAAGAGCAGCCGCUACAACAUUUUCUCUGUAAAGACCACGUGCUCUCAGCUGCAGAAACUGCAUGUCUAGAGGAAAGUUGGACCGGAAAGGAGAAGAUCACAGAUGGACAAGAGAAAACAGAAGAGGAGGAGGAACAUGAAGAAGAGGAGGAAGAAGAGAAAACCAAGUCAGCAGGCCACCCCAAGCAUGACCCAGAAGACCUUUGACUCUUCUUUGAGUCCCCAGGAAGGACGGGGUCAUGGAGAGGAACCUUCUGAGUUUUCCCUGCCCCACAGCUUUAAGGGCGUAUGUUGUGUGUGAGUGACCUGGCUCCGAGCUCUCAUCUGAUCCUAGGCAGGAUCCCAGUGGUGCAGCAGGGCGUAUUUGGGGGGAGGGGGAAAUAGCAGGUAGAAUCUUGACUCAACAGACAGCCCUCUGCCCACCAGCCCGCACCCUAAAUGCUGUGUGUGUGCUGAAGGAGCUAGAGUGUAUUGUUGGGCUGCUAAGCACAGGGCAGCAGUUCAAAACCAGCAGU